AUGCAAGUCUUAAUUAAUUCAAUCUAUGAAUCAUCUGGAGACACCAGAAUUGAAUUAAUUAACUUAAUGCAAGAGGACAUCAAAGCAAAAAAGGGAAUUGUUCUGGGUGACUUAAGCAGAAUGUUCAUCAUGAUAAACCAGAUGCUCAUGGAUACAAAUAAAUAAGUGAUCUUAGCUACUCAUGGAUUGCUGUCAUCUGUAUGUCUAUUAACUUAAUAUGUCAAGCUAAUUGAUUACCUAUUACCAGCUGAAUUAGAAGGAGGUCUAAAACACUUUGAAAAUUAGCUUGUACAUAAUCUGGCUGACAGCGAUAGACAGAUAAGGAAAUCAACCAAGGCCAUUUUCCUUAAAUUCAUUGCUAAGACUAGAAAUUCAGAAUAGGUUUUGGAACUAUUAAGCGAAUCCUUUAAAAAUAAAAAUUUUUAUAUUAGAGAAAGAGCUAUAAAUUUAAUCCCUGAUAUUUUUAUAGCAGAUAAGUCAAUAUUUUGCAAUAGAACUGGAAUUAAUGAAGUGAGAAAAGUUAUUGAAUCUAUAAUAAUUCACUUAAACGACGUUAACGAAUCUGUUCGAAAAGCAAGUAAGAAAGUGAUUUAGAAUCUCAAGAACAUUGAAAAUUUUGAAUUAGUUUAUAGAAGAUUAGCAAUUUAGCAUUAAAAUGUAGUUGAUAAAAUACAACAAGAAAUGCCCCCAAAGGUUGAUAAAUUUAUUGAAUUGAAUUUCAAGAUCUAAGAACACACAGAUCCACUGAUUGAUUAAUUCGUACCCUUUGAGUUUAUAGCAAAAACUAAUCUAACUAUAGAUGAUUUUCCCUAUGAUUUAAAGACAUAAUUAUAUUUUGGCUUUUUGCCAAAGGAGAUACUCUAAGACACCUUGAAUCAAAAAGAUCUAGCGAUUAGAGAAAAGGGAAUUACAGAAUUAAACAUGUAGUUUUUUGAAGAUGAGAGUGAACCCUAAAAUUAUGACCAAAAAACAGUGGAUAAAAUAGUAAGGGGAAGCUUUAUGCCAUCAUUCUUCAAAUACAUCUCUUCCUUGUUUUUUAGUUAAGACAAGAAAAUAAUAUUGAUGAUCCUAAAUAUUGUUGGCAAAGUUAUGCAAGUUCCAGGAGUUUAAGUAAAUGUUUAUUUGCCCCUUUGUUUGCCCGGAUUAAUCUAAUGUCUUAAGGAUGAAAGAGUAGUUAUCAGGUAGAAGGCACUGUUUCUGUUGAGGAAACUAACAAAUUACAUCAGCAAGAAAUAAUAUUUUUAAAACUUAAUAUAUUUCUUAGAGUAAAAUAUGGACAAUUGGCAUUAGAAGGAAGAAAUACUAAACUUGAUUUCUUAUUUGGUGUUGAUGAUUCAUCCAAGUGAAUAAUGGUUUUAUGGAGUUGAUUUGAAGGAAAUGAAUAUAAAAUAAGAAAAAUAAGUUGAGGAAUUGUCCUUUAAUCUACGAGAAGUAGACUUUAAAAAGAGCUUGAUUGCUAUUGCUUCUUAUCUAAAUGAUCCUAUAGCUAAAGUUAAGUUUGCUUCUCUGGAAUGUCUUAGUUUAUUAGCUUAUUUAGACAAGAAGCAUCUGGAAUACCUACAUGAAGUUCUGAAUAAUUAAGUUUAUGAAAAGUUGAAUGAUAAGGUAGACAAUGGAAUUGUAUAUUUUAUAAAUGAAAAUGGAAAUUUGGAAUUACCUUAAUUUAAUAUCAAAAAAUUAGAAGAACAAAAAAUACAAUCAUAAAUUAAAUUGUCAAUGGUUUAAUCCGUGUAAAGUGAGCCUAAACCUUAAACUCCAGUAGAAUCAGAAAAAUCAGAAGAAAGUCGUUAUAAAAUAACCUAUUACUAUGAUAAGUUUCAAAUGUCAUUGAAUGAUAAAAUCAUUAAAUCAAAUGCCUCAAUUGAUAGUUUGUUCGCUUCAGAGCACAAAAAUAAUCAAGGAACUAAAUAUGAUAUGAUAAUUCCAAUAGGAUAAUUUUAACAGACGAAAGCGAAUGAGUAAUUCAAAUUAAUCAACUCUAACAUAUAUUUGGAAAAGGAAAAGGUAGAUGAUAACCCAUAUGAAGAUGAGGUUAUGCAUUCUGAUGAAGAGGAAUUGCAAUCUAUUGAAUUUGAAUACCCAACACGAACUCUGAAAUAUAGAGGCCAUGCUCCAGAUCAAAUAACAAAAUCUAAAUAUUAACCUAUUGAUGAUAUAAAGUCUAGGGUGUUUCAUACAAUUAAAUAAUUAAACGAGGACAUCAAUGUAGACUUACAAAUACCUAAGGUUAUUAAGGCUAACGUAGGAGCCUAUUCUGGGUAUAAAUAUGAAAAUGAGGAGGAAGCAGAUGAUGAAGAAAUAUUUAUUGAUACAAAACUAAUAAAAUAACAACAUAAAUUAACACAACCUACAUAAGAAGAAUCAAUAGAAUUUGAAGAAAAACUAGUUAAAGAAAACCUUGUGGAUAAUCAAAUAGAAUAUGUUUAAGAAAUAAUAAAGAAUUAAUAAUUGAUUUACACUCCAGAAUAAAGAUAUCAGAAAAGGUUAGAUGAAUUUCUCUUAUCUUUUGAGUAAAGAGAUGGAAAAAAUAAAGGAAGAAAUGCAAGAAAAUUAAAGAAGAAGCUUAAAGAGAUUGCAAAAUAGGAGGAAUUACCAAGAGUGUUUGAUAUGCCUGUUUAUAUUGAUAAUGCUAGAGCAGAAACUGCUGCCUUGUUGAUUAAUUUAUCCUCUUUAAAUUUGGAUUUAUUGGCAAUGUCACUACAUAAGUUUAGAGUAUUGUUAUAGAAUCAUUUAUCCGAUGUAUAUGCCUCAUAGGUUCCAUUGUUAUAAAUUGUGAAUGAUGUAUGCAGAAUCUUGUCAACAUAAAGUAAUAAUCCACUGUAUGCUAUUGAUUAUUCAUAAUAUAAAAAGAAUAUACCUCCGUAGAUAGUUGUGAGAAAAAUAGUUUUUAUUGCUCUUUAGACUUUGAGUAUUGCAGUGCAAACUUUGAGAAGUACGUUAAUUUAAGUCUAGAAAAUGUUUACUGUUUGUGGAGUUUGGGUUUAGGAUGAGAAUAAAUAAGUGAGUCAAUAGGCUGAGCAAACUAUGCUUGACAUAUUGAGAUUUUGCGACGAUUCUUAAUUGUAGAACAUAUUACCAAAUCUAUAUAACAAAUAAUCUUUUAAUAGCAAAAUCUAUGUUGGCGUCCUCAUUGAACAUUUAAUAAUAAAGUAUCAAAAAGAAAUAUUUAAAUCAGUUCAUUUUGUUAAUAUCAUCUAAUUGAUAUCUUAGAUGGUCAUAGAUCAAUCUUUUGAUGUGAGAAGGAUUGGAAAAAAAGUAUUUUUUAAGAUCUUAACUCUCGGAAAAUAUCAAAUCGAUGAAAUUGUUAUGUAAAUGCAUUUAUAAGAGAAGAAUCAGAUGAAAGAAUUAAUGCAGAGAUAUGACGAAUUAGUUACUGAUCAUUAAAUUGGAAUCUUCGAUUAGGAGGAGUACAUGGGAUUAUAGGUGAUGCCCCAAAAAUUCAAUUUUGAAUAUGAAAUGAUAGAUGACCAAAUAUACAUGAAAUGA